AUGGACACAGAUAUCGACUACUUUUACUAAAUUGAAACUAUUAAUAUAGAUUAAAAAAAAAUGGAUAUGCUUUUUUAAGUAUUUGAAUAGAUAUAUGGAUAAGAAUUUGGGUACUUAAGAAAUUCGGGAAAAGGCAUUAAAAUUAUAUUUAUUGAAUAUUUUAGACGAAUAUUAAUAAAAAAGUUUGAAGGAUAUAAAUUGAAUUAUAAAAAGCAGAAAUAAUUGAUUUUAUUAUAAAAUGGAGAUAUGUAUUAAUUAAUUUAAUUAUAAGAAUAGUCUCUAAAUUCAAUAAUUAAAAGACAAUCUCAUUAUCAACAAGUAGGAUUAUACACUAUUAAUAACCACGUUUCUGUUAAUAAUAAAAAUUAUUAUUAGAAUUAUCAUCAAGGUAAAUUGUUAGUGAAGGUAUUUUAGAUGAUAAUUUUGAUUAGAAUGGUUAUACAAAUAUUUAUUCUUAAGAUUAAUUGAUUUAUUAAGGUAUGAUGUAAUAUGGAUUAUUUAAUGGUGAAGGAAGAAUAAUUAAUAAAUAAAAUUUAAUCAUCUAUAAAGGAAAUUUUGUUUAAAAUAAAAAACAUGGAUAUGGAACUAUUCUUUAUAAUCAAUAGUAUUUUAAUGGAUAAUUUAAUGAUGAUAUGAUGUUUGGACCAUUCUAGAUAUUUGAUGAACAAAAUGGAAUAACCUAUUAUUUUUAUAAUGAUAAAUCAGUAGAUUAAUAAGAGUUUUUUAAAUAAUGUACUUAUACAAUAACUUCUGAAUAAGGAGUUUAGACUAUUUCUAGAUUUAUUCCAAAUAAAGAAGUUUCAUAAAGUAUAUGUUCAUAUAGAGAGUUUAACAUAUAAAUUUAAGCAUAUAAAGCAUUAAAUCCUGGCAUAUGGUUAUUUGAAAAUUCAUUAGAUUACUUUUUGGAUUAUUUCAAGAAUUAUUAUAGUAUUAUUAAAAAGGUUUCGAAUUUGUAAACAGUCAUUUUUAAUACAAAUGAGAGUUCAAAUUUUAUUAGUUGUGAUUAUAAUAAUUAGUUCUAUCAUAAUGAGAAGUAAAUAAUGAUAAAAAAAUAAUAGAUUCUAUUAGGAAUUGAAUUAAAACAUUAAGGAUAAGAGAAGAAAAGUAUUUGUUAUGAAUUGUGAAAGAUCACAUUAUUUGAUAAUGAUAGAAGACAAUAAAUAACUAUAUGUUUGUGAUUCAUUGUAUUGUUAGAAGAAAAAUCUUGAAGCUGCCUAUUAUAAUUUACUCAAAUUAGAAGAUAAAAGAUGCAUUGUUUUGAAUUGUACUUAAUAGAAAAAUGGAUAUGAUUGUGGUAUAUUUGCAUUGUUUUAUGCAAUUUAAUUUAUGAAAUAUGAUAAUUUAAAUAUGGUUGAAUUAGAGAAAAAAUUGUAAUUUAGAGAUCCUGCUUAAUUUAGAUGGGAAUUGAAACAAUUUGUAAAAUAUAAUCAUGAUUAUAUAUUAACAAACUUUUGA